AUGGGCGCACACCCAGAUCGACAGGGGGGUGGGGUGCCAGCCAUCGGCACGGCGAGGCCAGUUGCCUCGGGCCGGACAGGGCGGCGUUUGCCGGCGAGCGGGUGCAGCAGAGGGCUGCGGCGCGCGGCACAGGGUGUGGGAGGCAGUGGCGGCGACGCUAGUAGCAGCAGAGGCAGCGAGCCGGGCGAGCAGCGAGGCAGCAGAGGCGGGCGAGCGGCACGAACAGCAGCGGCUGCAGACGACGCGGGGCGCGCACGGGCUGCAGUAGGGCGUGGCCCGCGCGAGGCGGCGUGGGCGCGGGUGGUGCUGGGCAGCAGCGGUGGAGGUGGUGGCGGGGGCAGAGCCGGGCGCGGGCCGGUGCGGGGCCACGGUCGUCAGCGGGCGCGAACGCUGGGCGGAGCUGCGGGAGGGGCAGCGGCGGCAGAGCGUGGACGGGGCAGGGCGAGCACGGCGCGGGGCGGGAGCGCGGCGAGCGCGGGCUGA